UUUGUUUCUCUCCGUCACACACUCACACACACGCAGGCACGCGGACGCACGAGCAGCCGCGGGCUACCUGUGCCACUGCGGCCGGCCCACACGGGGAGGGGUUUGACUCUUCGUGUCAUUACCACAGUGAGAAGAAGAGAGACAGAAACUAAACACGGUCCACACAGACACUUCCACAGACUGGAGGAUAACAGUAGCUCUAACUUGGCUGGUUUUUAACGCACGCGGUCUGAACUGAUCUCGAAGUUUCCGCCCGGAGAAGGAAUACUUUGGUGUCCCCACGCAGCGCGGUUGUGGAUAUUUACGUCCACCUUGUCUCCUGUUUACAAGAAUGGCGAGAGAUUACGCAGCACGCUGUCCGCUCUCUCCGCUCAGGAAGACUUGGCUGGUGGCGGCAGCGAUCCUCCUUGCAGCUCAAGGUAUCGAGGCUCAGAAAGUGCGAGUGGAGGAGGAGCUGGAGGCGUAUCCCACAGAGUCUGUUGAUCUCCGCUGCCAAUUCAUUGAUGGAGGAGGCAGAACCAAACUCACACAGGUCUCUUGGAUAUGGGAACCCAGUGAUGGUCAGAGGGACAACAUUGCCGUAUACCACCCCAUCUAUGGACAGAGUUUUCCCAACCCGUCCUUCAAGGAUCGAGUGGUUUUCCUCCAAAACACUCUGGAGAACCCGUCCAUCAGGAUUUCUGACCUAAAAAUGUCUGACGCCGGCCGUUAUACGUGCGAAUACGCCACGUAUCCCUCUGGAAACGAACAAGGGACGACCACCCUCAUUAUGCUCGCCAAGCCUAAAAACUCAGCCAAAGUGGUGACCGUCCAGGCUGGCUCCAAAGCGGUGGUCGUGGCUCAGUGUGAGGCAAAGGAUGGCAAACCAGCAGCCACCAUCAAGUGGGUGGCAUCAGUCGGAGGCAACCACUCGACCAGCACAAUCAACGGGCCAGACGGCACGGUGACGGUACGCAGCGAGUACCGGCUGGUUCCCACGCCUGCAGACAACGGCAGAGAUGUGACGUGCAUGGUGGAGCAGAGGACGCAGGAGCAGCCGUGGGCCAAGUCUGUCAAACUCUCUGUUGAAUAUCCCCCAUCUGUAUCCAUCGAGGGCUAUGACAACAACUGGUACGUCGGCCGCUCAGAUGCAGAGCUCCUCUGCCUGGCCAACGCCAACCCUGCGCCCACCACCAUCACCUGGACCGCGGCAUCCGGCGCUCUGCCCGACACGGUGAUGGUGGACGGGCACAAGCUGACUGUGAAGAAGGUCGAUGAUGCUGUCAACACCACUUUCAUCUGCGAGGUUAAGAACAAGCACGGGGCCAGCAGGCACCAGAUCACCACCAUCGUCAUCGAAGCCUUGGAGGAUCCGUCCAGCGCCGGCGUCGUGGCAGGCGCCAUCAUCGGAUCCCUCCUGGCGCUGCUUUUGGUAGUCGCUCUCGUCGCUGUCCUCCUGACCCGAUGUCGCCGGCAGCAGAGGCGCGGCUACCCCAGCAGCGGUGACUCCAUCGCGACCGGAAGUGGCGGCAGCAACGGCGGAGACUACGGCAACAAAGCUCGCCUGCUCUUCAGCGGGACAUCCAACAACAGCAGCAAGAACGGGACCGGCGCCAACAACAACGGGCCCAUUUACACGUACAGAGAGGGCUGCGACGCCACAGGGACUCUUACGGAAAAGGCAAACGACUUCCACCACCACCAUCUCCACCAUGCUACCAUCGGUAACCCCCCUUCUGCUCACGACAUCCUCCUCAGCGGCGACAUAGACGAGCCCGAGAGGAGAAAGUUCGACCUGGAUGACAGCAUGGAGGAAGAAGAGGAGCGGUAUGACCGCUUUGGAGGCGGGAACAUGCUCCCCCCUGCGUAUCACGUCCGUAGAGGCCACGGAGAAGAGGAAGUCGAUGUGUACCUCGAUGACGACAUGGAGUCUCAGAGAGACGGAUCCGUCAUUUCCCGGACUGCCAUUUACGUCUGAGGACGCAGGAGAGGGAAGAACGGUGCGGGAGGCAGUGAAUGAAGGCAUCACUACCAUCAACUGAACCCCUCCCGAUUCAGGAGACGCCAUCACCUCCAUCAUCUCAAACUAUCAGUUUAUACUAAAAGAAAAUAAAUAAUAACAUGUUGUAAAGCUGAUUAUAAUGGCAGUAGUGAACUGUGGCUGCAUAUGUGACUGUGUUUACUUGAGACAGAUUUCAUUCAGUGUCAGCCAAAUGUAACAAAACAGAAAAAAAAUACUGCAACUGUGAUGCGACGCCGCUUACCGCUAGCUUCUUGUUUCUUCAGCUUUGCAAGUGUGUGAUUGUGUGGAGUGGCUACAUUGUUUGUAACUUAUGAAACAUAACCUACAAGAGCACAAUAACCACUAUCCAGAUAAUCAAGAGUAUUCAAAGACCGCCUUCCUGUAAAUCAAGACUCUGAAACAGCUUCUGUGGAUGUUGCCUCUGUGCUCUUCUGACAUGCCUUGGACUCUCAAACUGCUUGAAAACUUGAAAAGAUGAACUCUGCGUCUUUUCCUACAAUGAUGGAGCUCCCGUUUGAUGCAGAAACGACUUUUUUUGCGGUGUACAGUGACUCGGGGGUUCCUGCUGCACCUUGUUUCUGAAAAACUGAGGACCAUAAACAGUGUGUGCUAAUGUGUGGCUGGCUGUGGUGUUAAUGAUGUGCAUCAUCUAUAUAUUGGGCGUCGUCUCACUAUAGCACAGUUGUUGUUCUCGUUGUUGUUGUAGAUGUUGUUGCUGUUGUUGUUGUUACUGUUGUGUAAUGGUGUCGAUCUCGCUGAGGAAUAGACGCACCAGGAGCCUUGGGGGUUUCACACAGCCCCACGUUGGGUUGGUAAUGACUCAUUUAAUGGGUAAAAAAGAUGUGAUUUUCUUUACUUCGACGCUUUUUUCCUCUUUAAAGCUCUGCUUACUUUCUCUUCUUCUUUUUCUCUCGGUCUCUUUGCUUUUCAGUGCACAUGGCACUCGUUCCCACACAUAACGUCUCUGCUCUUUAUUUACAUAAUGGGCGGCUUAAAUGAGCGCCGAAAUGACUGUGUGCAGAGGAAGGGGAUAACUCGUAUUUAUAUUUAUAUUUCUAUGUGGGUCGCAUUCAACAAGACAAAAUAUUCACCAGCUUUUGUGGGAGCUCUUGUAUUACAUGUAUUCAUUUUCCAUGCCCUGCAGAAUGUGCUCAGGCUAUGUACCGGAUUAUUUUAUGUUCUGUGUUCUGAUUGGAUGGAAAGACACGGUCUACAUGACACAUUUCAAAAGAGGUUGUGAAGUAAAAGAAGGAUGAACUGAAUGCCAAAAUCCCAAAUCUUUGCUUCUGGUGUACUGCAGAACUUUCUUAGAAGCAGUGAAACAUCAGAUAACAACAUUUAGCUGUUGGAAACAUUAAGCAUGCAAAACUGCAUAAGUAAAGUUGCCAUUUUUACAUUUCUGAGAAUCAGGAGACUUCCCUACUUGCAAUCUGUUCAACAGUAUGUCCCAACAGCGUGCAAGCAUCAUGCAGCAUGUCCACAGAGCAUCCUGAAUUGAGCUCCCCUUGUACACAGCAUGAAAACUCACAGGGUGAUUGGAUAAACCAACACCACAUUCAUGAUGGACCAAUCAGAGCAACUGAACCCAACCCAAAAUUUUGCUUGGUGUGCACUUUUAAUUUCUUCCACAAAUCAGAGCUAAGCAGAGCCUGAUAAGUUAAACCCCCCCCAAAACCAUGUCUACAUAUGAGGGCAACAGAUUUGUACUACAGUGUAACACAAUAAAACUAACUCUAUGCAUGAAAGAUCAAACAUUAUUAUUUUAUUUCUGAUAAGUAGUCUUCAUAAAUAUUGGUUUCUUUUUAUGACGUAACCCUUGGAACCCCAAGUUAUUUUUCGCUCCAACUGUGUUUAAAAAGGCCUUUCGCAUCACAACCCUUUUGAGCAAAAUCAAGUUAUAGACAUUUAUUUUUUCAGGACCACCUGGACUUCAUUCAGGAACACUCUCAGCCAGGCUCUGAGGGUGCAACAAGCUUUAUACUAUAAAGGAGGUGGCUGGGGUGGAGGAGGUUAAGCUUUGCCAGCAGCAGUAGUGUGAUGCAUCAGUAUUAAUGCAACCAGGGAUUAAUGAAAAGUAUGUCAAAUUUAAAUACACUGCUGUGUUGAGGGAAAGAGCUGUGAUUGGCUUUGACAGCUAGGAGGCGAUAAUUAGGAUCAGCUGGCCAUCAGCUGAUGCUGCGUGAAAUAACGCUAAAUAAUGCCUGAAAUAACGCUAAGCUUUAUUAUCAGGAUAUGCAUUCUGCAAGGCUGUAAGGUGAAUUAUCAAAAGUUAUAUGGCCUGAAAGACCAAGUUAAAGAAAGAAACUGAAGGAAAUUUAAGAGUAGAAUUGUAUAGAAGUCUCACCCAGAUCAACAGCGGCUAAGCCUUUUCACAUCUGAUUCCAGUUCAAACAGGCCUCGUAUAUCAGAAGAGAAAAAUAAAUGCGUAAAUCCCAUUGUAGGAGCAUAAAUGUCAACUUUUCAAUAUUUGGGAAAAUGAGGACUAUUUUUCUUUCCUUUCCAAACAUACAGAUAACUAUCUUGUAUCUUGUUGAUCCUUUGGCUGGCCCUGAUUGGUCAUUACUGCCAAGAAAACAAUAGAAGAAGAAACUGAAGAAUCAUGAUUGGCCAACAAGCUGACAGGAAGUGUUUGCCUUUUACUUCCAGAGCAAAAUUGAGGACUGAUAGCAAAGCUGUGAAGUUUUCCAUUGCCAAAGAUGACAUAAAAAGACAAAUUAUCAUGGAUUCAGCAGUUUGUCAUAUCAGAGCUCUGAACAAACAUCGCUCUUUGCCCCUGAAAUAAAAAUGUUCUGGAAGGGAUACAAACACCAGGAGCCAUCUGUAGAUUGGCAAAAAAAGAACUUCAGAUCACAAUUUACUCCAUAGAGAUCUGUCUUAUGCUGCCUGGGAUAUUGUUAACAACACUGCCAUUGGGAUUGUCAGUGAUCCAGGGACUUCAAAACAAACUUUACAACAACAAUAAAUCUUUUGAAUGCUCAGCAUCUGCCAGGCAUGAAUGGAAUUUCUACUCUAAUAUGAGAAUUAUUUCCCCAAAUAUUUAAAAACUUUUCAAUGAAAGUUUCAGUAAAAUUCAACCAAGUUCUUGUAAAUAAUUCCUGAUAAAAUUCCCAAAUAGUUUCCAAGCAAGAUCGCCAAUAUUUUCACAAAAAUUUGAUACAAUGUCCACUUAAAUUCUCACAAAAAACUCUACAUUUAACUAUGUUUUUAACAUGUUUCUACUGUUAUUAGAAGUCAUUUGAUGCUAUACUAUAAGGGACCAAAAGGUAAACAGAAAUGGGCGCUGAAGUUUAAUCAUUGCACCGGGCCAUUUCAUACUACAUCAUUCACUGGCUGUAAGGAUGCUGUAAUGGGAAGAGGAUUUUGUCAUUGAUGCUUCCUCGUGUUGCAUGCUGAUGGGACUUACUGUGACAACAGAUACUUUUUGCAAGAAGUUUGCAGCAACCUAAUAAGCAGCUGAUUAAAAAGAUUAUGAAAGUAAAACCAGAGUAAAUUAAAUCUCAAAUUCCCCAGUCUUCUUUUUUUUCAUGCAAUGUAAAAGUUGCAAGUCUAACUACUGGUGAGCUGGAGACUAGAUUAAUUGCAGCCUCUUUCAGAGUAAAUGUUUUUGCAGAAUACUUGCAAACACAUUGAGAAUGAAGAUGCAUGUUUUACACCAUGUUGCUGGAACAUAACUGCCUUAUUAAAGCUCCUGUGAAGAGUUCAUAGCUGGGUAUGACUGGACAGUAAAUCAACAUUGAUGCUUCUUUACGAGCCACAAAAGCAAACAGCACUAUCAGCAGAAAGAUGAAACAUGUCUAUAAAACCAUAUGUGGGAAACUAGUGUAGCAACAGGUGUCAGAUGAGGAAUUAUCAGGACAAUACUACUUACACAUGUACAGUAAAAUCCAGAUUAUAAGACGCACCAGUAUAUACCAUAGGUUGCAGUCUAUGUAUUCAUAGCCUUCAUGUGCCAUCACACUCAUUAAAUAAUCCCUGGCAAGUUAGAACAGCUUCUUACUGCUGUACACAGCAGGUUUGGACGUCUCAGUACCCAGCAAUAUUUAAAUUUUUGAUUUGUUGAACGGAAGGAAGUCAUUGUUCAACCAGAUGCUCUAACCAAUAAGAAGAGAAGACAAGGUUAUAUUUCUACACACAGAAGGAUCUAAUUUCCUGGUGCUGUAGCUCAGCGUAGUGGCCAAUGGUAGCUGCCACUAUUCUAAGCUCUUUUUGCCCUCCAGGCUUCUGUGCCAGUCAUGUGGCUGAAAGAUAUGAGUACAGUCAAAGGUGAAAAGUACCGACUGAACACCUAGGAGUCACACUGCCUACAUCCACCUCUAUGUUUGACUUUGAUUGUGGAGUUUUACCAUGGAACCAGAGCUCAAGAAGGUUUAUUCACUUAAAAGUAUAUAAACAACUGCAGGAAAUGAAUCUAUUAUUGCCUAUUAGGAGGAAAAGCUGGUACAAAGAGGUACCACAAGCCAAGUUAACCUAUUAGCACUCCCUGUCCUUUCACAAUUAGUAAUUUCUUGCCCGUCACUCACCACACAGCAUGGUUGUUUACCCAAACAUAUCGUAAAUUCUUAAAUCUGUCAGAAGGAUUCUACUCUACUGUAGAUACACUUGUAUGAAAACAUUAAAUUAAGGUCUGGCUGGAACUGUUAUGAUUUUAGUGAUAUAAUUGGGGUCCUGGUGCUAUAAAAGGUUCCAAAUUGACAUAAACAUGCAUUUAUCCGAAACUGGAGCACCAAAGUCACUUUCUGCAAUUUUAAAGGUACAAAGGACCAACGUUUUUGACUCAUCAGGGUCAAAUGAAGAAGACACAGUGCGCAUUGAAAUUUAAGUCCUUUGCUCCUUAUGAAAUUGCAUAGAGUGACUUGUGUGCCCCUUUUUGGAUUUGUCUGUGAGAAGGAGUCCACUGAGUCAUAUUUAAAAAGUCUAGUCCUUUCUUAAACACACCAGUCCACCUUUGGAGAGAGAAUCUGCAGAACGUACAUUUCUGAUGGACAUUUUUCUCCUUUGAUUCAACUUCAUUCAUAAACAAAGUCUGACAGUUAAAUCAUGAAAAACUACACUGAAAAAUGUUACAAAACAAGCAACAUUUUAUAAAUAAAAUAGAGGAAAAUGUUAGAGGGUUAAUCUAGGAUUAAACUAUGUUUAAACCUGUUUUUGAAGUAGUUACACCACUCGCUUUAGCUUUUUAGCUUCUUUAGUAACAUUUAUGACAUUGGCUACGUAACUAAUGUUACUACAUAAGCCAAGGUAGCUAAGUUAGCUUUAGCAAUGUGAGCUUUAGCAAUUGUAGCUAAAGCUAAUGUAGCUACAAAGAUAACAUAUCUAGGUAGCAGACACAGCUUAACUUAGCUACAUAGCUAUGUAGCUCUUUUAGCUAUAGCUAAGUUAGUUUUAGCAACGUGAGCUCAAGCCAGCAGCUAAAGCUAACUUAGCUACAUAAAAGACAUAGCUUCUGUAGCUGCUUUGUGGGCCUUGAUUUAGCUGCAUUAGCUAUGUAGUUUAUGCAGCAUACGGAGCUACGUAAACUACGCUUGCUGCGUUGGAAUGUUCUUAUUCCUGCAUGCAGACCGUUAGCUUAGCUUUAUUCAGUGUUUUGUCGGUAGUUUUGCAGGUCAGGGUUUUAACUCUUAGCUUUUUGUUGCCUCACCGUUACCUUAACCCUAACCCUAAACAGACGUUUAAUCUGACUUUAUUUUGUAAGUUUUAGCGUGUAUUUCCUUUCUGAGAUGUCUCAGAUGAACGAGUGGCCCGCAGAGAUAAAUGCUAUUUAUCUGCAGUAUUAGGUGAUGUAAAUGUGUCAUUUUGAAGGGAUGGAGGAUUUAUUUGCCUGGUGCUGUAGCUCAGCACAGUGGUCAAUGGUAGCUGCCAAUGUUUAAAGCUAUUUUUUACCCUCCAGGUCUCCAUACCUGUCAUGUGACUGAAAGAUAUGAAAACAGAAAAAGGUGACAAGCGCAGAUCAACAGUCACACUGCCCACAUCCACUUCAAUGAAACCAGCACUCAGUAUGGUUAAUACACUAAAGUAUAUGCACAACUACAGGAAAUUAAUGGAUUGUUACCUAUGAAGGUGGAAAGCUGUUGCAGGUUGCAUGCAGUGUGUGAUGAUGUCAGCCGUAUUUACAAUCACCAGGCUUUAAAAUUGCAUCUUAUUUUCUGGAUUUUACUGUACAUAACAUGAUUAGUAAAGAGAUUAGAGGCACUACCUCAUCCACAUGGGGCGCCAAAAUUGACACAUGGAAAAAGUUCCUCACAGGAGCUUUGAGUUUAUUUUGAGAUACUUUAAUUACCUUCACCCUUGGUUUUGAGGUUAAACAGGGGAGGAAUCCUCCUUUGAGAUGCAGAUUAGAGCUGGUUAAAGAAAGCAAAAAAAUUUGCAUCGUGUUUCAGUACUACCUUGGCCCAGGCUUUGCUGACAGGGUUGUCUUGUCACAUCAAAACCACUUAUUGUACACAUGCAGUAUUUAAAUGAUUCAGUUUUUGUGACUGGAGUCAUUUUGCAGUAAAAGGAAUGUUAGAAAAGUCAAAAAUAUAACAUGAUAAUAUAUAUUUACAGGUUCUUUAGGGCAGGAUGCACUUAAAUACGCUCUAAUUGUAUAUGUAAGAACAGAUCUGAAAAGGGAAUCUAACGAUUGUGAAAACUUCUAUAUAUUUCGAGUGGGUAGAUGCUACGAUUUACAAAAAAAAGACUCAUACUCUCUCUGAAAGUCUUGAUCCAUCACAUUUGAAAUGUCUCAUUACAUAGUAAAAGUAAAUUGUGUCUGUAAUCAAGGUUUUAUGACUCAUUAUUGAUUAUAAAUUCUUUUUUGGGGUCUAGGAUCUGAACACAGACUCGUCCAUUAUUGAAAGCUCAGAUAUUACAAAUUCAAACACUGAGUUGAACGAUGUUUUUGGUUGUUGUGUUAAGGAAGUCUGUUUCAGCUCUGCUCCCCUUGAGAGCGGCUCCCUCAUUGUUGAUUGUUGUUGAACAUAAAACGCUGUGCAAUCUGUUAUCUUGUACAUGAGACAGUUCUAUCUGCUGUGUUACCAAUCAUUUUGGUGGAGACACUUCAUAGCAUCUUGCCACACGUUUGGACGGACCGCCAGUUACUAUCAAAGUAACCGAGGAGCAGCCAUAUUGUAACUUCUGUCGCCACACGUGACACAUGUAGUCAGGCUUGUUUAAUGUAUCACUGCAGUACAUUUUGGAUUCAAGUAUUGGUGUGUGUUUUCAGCUCUAAAGGGUGCAUGCAUGCUCCAAGAUUGAGACUUAUAAACCCUGGAGAACUGAAAGAAAAUCGAAGUCCAAUUCAAAAAAAGUUGGGAUGUUGUGAAUAAAAACAAGGCAUUGAUUUGGAAAUCAUUUUCAGCCUAUAUUUAAAUAAAUAAAGCAGAAAGGCAAGACAUCUAAUGUUCAAAUGGUUAAACUAUAUUCCUUUUUUUUUUUUAAAUAUACACACAUUGUGGACUUGAUGCCUGCAACGCAUUCCAAGAAAGUUGGGACAGAAGCAUAUUUACCAGUGUCUAACAUCACAUUUUCUUCGAACAAAAUUCCUCAACUGUCUUCGGACUGAAGACAGUUGAAAUAUUGACAGUGGACUUCUCCCCCAUCCUUGUUUAAUGUGCAAUUCUGUGCAGAGCUUUUAUGUUUGGGGCAAAUAUUGGAGUACUGGCACAACCUUGGGAGUGCUCCGGAUGUCUUUGCAUGUUACCAGUGGGAAAAAAAUCUGAUGGAAAAAUAAGGGGUUUUCAUGCAAUAAGCACGGCCUAGGGUACCAUCCUAGUGGAUAGCAGGGUUGCCCAUGGUUGCAUUAUGAAUGUCCAAAGGGCCCGAAAACCACUGGGGGUCACUAGGUGUACCACAAGAUGUGACAAAGCCCGACAAAAGAAAUGCUGUUGAGCUUGACCUUGGCGAUGACCUCUCUCUCCAGGCUCUUGACUGUACAUGUUCAGUUGCCAAACUAUGUGGGGUUUCAGUUGCCGGUCUUGUACCUGCACUCUUACCGUGAAGCCACGCUGUUGUAACCCAUGCAGAAUGUGGCUAGGCAUUGUCUUGCUAAAAUAAGCAGGGACAUCUCUAAAAAAAAGAUGUCAUCUGGAUGGAGGCAGACAGGAUUUGUUGCUUCAAAACCUGUAUGUACCUCUCAGUAGUAACCCUCUGAGCCCUAAGCUAUUUUAUCCAUUUGACUCGCCUGGACUUUUUUUUUUGUAAAAACUUGUACAACAUCAACCCUGUGGUGCAGAGUCAAACUCUAAACGUCCUUUUUUCAGGACAAACUGGGAUUUAAAACUCUGUGUGAUGCAGGAAAGUCACUUGAAUUAAAAGAAAAAGUUAUGGGACUAUAAAGACAAAAUAAAAUCAAACAGAAAAUUUAACUCAAAGAUUUUUAGGUAUAACGCACAGUUCACAACAACUAUUAAGACUUUCUUCUGCACAAACUUGUUCCCAUAUGUCUUGGGGAUGAAAAAGUGAAAAAUAAUCAUUUUGUAACUAAAGGUUUUCAAAAUAUUCACAUAUCUCCAAAAAAGUCAUUGUGCUUGUUUUAUCGGCUCUAUUUGGGCCAUUUCUCAAAGCAGUUCCUGUCUGCAGAUGGCCCGACAGGCUCUCUUUCUCUCCCUCUCUCCACUGUAACAUAUUCAUCUCCUGCAUUAUCUACCUAGUUAGAAAUUAGCAAAACAUGACAUGACUACAGAACAGCCCAUGUGGCAACCAUUGUAGAAAAACAAUAUGGUGGCUUAUGCUAAGCUUGUGGCAGAAAAAAAUAGAUUAAAAAUGGCUAAAAAGACGUUCAAUGUCAGAGUUACUCAUUUGGAUUUUAUUGUUAAAGACCCAAGAGAGUCACUGAAAUUCCAGGCUUGCUAGAAAAGCCUGCAUAAGGGCUAUGAAGGCAUGGAUAGCAUCAUUAGAAUGGCACAAUGGCAGGCUGCAAGAUGAAUAAAAGUGACUUUUGAUUAAUGGUUUAUUUUUUUUUACUUUAAAUAAUCUCUUUCUCUUCUUGUCCUAUAUAACAUUGGUCUCAGAGGGUUAAUGGUCCUUUAACAGAUGUGUAAGUUACCCAUACCCUGGGCACUAAUACACCUCACAUGAUCACAGAUGCUGGCUUUGAGCUUUGUAUUGAUAACAAUCUGGAUGGUCCUUCUGCCUACACCUCAUGCCAUUGGUUUCUGUAACUAAUCUGGUCUUUACGGAGUGCUCCCGUACACUCAAUCAUAGUACUAUCACCUGUUACUAAUAACCCCACUUACCUGUUGACUGUUCCAGGUGUUUAUGAGUAUUCCACAACAAGUUUUACAAGUCUUUUAUUGCCCCUUGUCCCGACUUUUUUGGAAUGCCCUGCAGGAGUGAAAUUCAGAAUGUGUUUGUACUGAAAACUGUAUUUGUGCUGUAUUUCGUUGAAUAUAGGUUCAAAAGGAUUUAUAUUUCACUGUAUUCUGUUUUAUUUUACACAGCGUCCCAACAUUUUUGGAAUAAAGGCUUGUACAUCUGUUUGAUUUGAUUUUAAUUUUAAGGUGUUAAACAUGGUAACCCUACAGUUUGAAACUUCUGACAAUGAUGUUUUAUGUUUUAAACACUUUAAUUCAACCCCAAACGUGGACUACCAUUAUAAUCUUACUGUUUUAAAAGCUCAUGACAGCACCCUAACAAAAAUGGAGGCACUGUUUCAUCCUCCUCCAGCCGAGCUCCCCUUUAUUUGGCCAUUGUACGCCUCAGCACUUCUUUUCUCCAGGGGUUUCUGCAGCACCGUAAUACAGAAAGACUCGACUAUGAUCCCAGCUUUGGUGCCUAAUUAGUCGGCAAGUCUUGUAGCAAGCAUGUACCCUCAGUGAAGAAACUCAUCAUGAGUCAUAACUUUUGUUUUUGCACAACCCAUUUUCAAUAAAAAAAAAACC